ACUUUUUUUUAAAAUUUUUUUAAAAACAGUUCUAUUACACACUAAUUAAUGAUUAAUUUUUUUAUUUUUGUAACUAGUUUCAAUUAGUAACAAUAACUUUAUUUAAAAGAAAAAUGAAUUCAUUAAAAGAAAAGCUAUGUGAAGUACUAAAAGUCGACAGCUUGCCACAAGAAUUAGUAAUCAAACUAUUAGAAGAAGCAAUGGAUCUCAAUUCCUUUGUACUAGUUAAUGAAAAUGAUUUGGUUGAAUUAGGUUUUAAAAUGGGACAGAGAAAACUUAUCAUGCAGUGGUUGCAGUCAUGUGCAGUUUUACCUGUAGUUGGUUUUAUGCAGCAUCAAGCUGAAUUGUCACCAGCGUUAAACUUAAUAGCUGCACCAAUUCAGAGAAAUAUUUCAAUCCCACCCUCUAGUAAUAUAUAUCCUGUAAAAGAGGUACUCUGUAAGAAUGACAACAGUUCCGCAAGUGUUCACGGACCAACACUUGUGACAAAGUUGUUAAGCGGUGAAAUAUAUUCAACACAAGAAAGACACUUUUUAGUGCGAAUUUUAGGCCGAUAUCUUAUGGAGGUUGCAAAAGUAAAGGAUAUGCCCUCAAAGGAGGAAUAAUUAGCUAUGGCUGUUUCAAUAGUUACAGUUUUCCCUUGUCUAAAAAGUAAAUUUACGGAAUCUGGUCACGAGCAUUUUUAUUGUGGAAAAUCUCAUACUGGCCACAUUGAGAUUUAUGUUAGACAAAGACGCUCAAGGUCUAAACAUAUAAUCACAAAGUGGAAUCAUAGGAAAGGAAUACCACCUUGUCGAGAACUUGUUGGUGAUGAAAAUUUUGAAGUUGAACGUAUACUCCGAGAACGUCGUCCAACAGUUCUUAAUCAAGAAGAGUUGCUGCACAUGAUGGCAGAGACUAGAAUUUUUCGAAGAGAUUGGAUCUUAAACACUAAACCAAAUGCUACUCUUAUCCUGAAAAGAUAUCCGAGGUUUUUGGAUAUGAAUGAAACUAUACGGCAAGAGUUUUCGUUUUUAGUUGGAAAGUUUAAAGAUAUGCGAAAUCAAUGGACAUUAUGCAGAGAUGUAAUUUUACAACUUGCAGUAACUGCUUCUGUCAAAGACGAAGAUUUAAAAGAAGAGUUAUUUUGUAUUAGUGCUGUUGAAAAUGAGUUUGAUGAAGCAAAAAAAACUAUCGUAUCUUUUAAAGCACUUCCUUAUUUAUUGCCAUCUCCACCAAAGAGAGGAAAGAAGGAACCUAGGAAGUCUGGAAAAGCAACAUCGAUGCGUUUUAUUGUUGAACUUGAGAAUAUGAGCGUUGAUGCUGCUAUUGAAGUCUUAAAUCUAGAUGGGUGCAAGCAGCCGUUGAUUUUUAUACUAGGAACGGCAGUGUACAUUAAAGUGGAUUUAAAUGCCAUAUUGGUUGAAGAUGCCGAUUCUUUUCCCGAGGUGGUAUUACUUCUUUUGGCAACGUUUUACGUUUUUGACCUAGAGUAUCCGGAUGAAUUGCGAGUUUUAUUUUCGUUACUUGAAAAGAUUUGUGGCAUUCCAGCAACAGUUAAUAGCUCAGUUGCCAAUGACUUUUAUAGACUACUGAACCUUGAGUAAACUUAUAAGAUAAUAUUAAAACCAAAAUAAUAUUUGUUAAUGUUUUUAAAAACAAUAUUAAUUUUUACAGUAUUUUCUAUGUUUAUUUGACUUUGGCAUUCUAUAACUCCGUGUAAAUUUUCUAGAGUUAAGUUAUAAAAAAAUAAAAAUUAUAGAUCA